AUGUCAAAUAUAAGAUCACUAAGUGAUUUAAAGAAGGAUGAUAAAAAAAAUAAUGAACGAGUGGCCCAUUAUACAGGAGGUCAAAAGAGCGGACUACAGGUAGAAAAUUCCGAUGAUGAUUUUGCUCAGAAUGUUUUAAAAUCAAAAUUGCCAGAAAACUGUAAGCACAUCAUUUUAUACAAAAACGGUUUUAUAGUAGAUGAUGGUGAAUUUCGUGACCUUGAGAUUGAAGAAAAUAAAAAGUUUAUGGCAAAUAUAGAAGCAGGGAUAUUACCAAAAGAAUUUGCUUCAAAAGAUAAAAUAAUGAAUGUAGCUAUAAAAGAUAAGAGUAAUCAAAUAUAUACAAAGAAAAAAACUAAAGAAGAAGAAUUAUAUAAAGGUCAAGGUGUUAAAUUAGGUGGUACUAUCUCAAGUAUUAACGAAGAAGAAAUAAAUAAAAUUUCAACAAAUCCAAAUAAUAUAAAAGAAAUAAAAAUUGAUGAUAAAAAACCAAUAACUACAUUACAUAUAAGAUUAUAUAAUGGUAAAAAAAUUACUCAGAAAUUUAAUUAUGAUCAUACAGUUGAAGAUUUAUUUCAAUUUGUCUUUAGUUAUACACCACUUAAUUUUUCGUUAUCUUAUGAUUACCCUCUUAAAUUAAUUGAAAGAAAUCAACAACAAACCUUGGAAAGUGCAAAACUUUUGGAUCUUCUUAUAACACAAAAAUUAAUCCCAUAA